AAAUCAAUCCCAACAUGUGGUGUGCAGCAGGGAAUAUGGCGAUGAAUCAGGACGGUAUCAACACAUCCAACAGCACCACCACCACCACCAACCCGAACCCUAACCCUAACCCUAACCCUAGUCCUAACAACGAGGCCAGCGACAUCGAGAUCUCCCAGCCGUCGGGGAUCCGCCGCCGCCCCCGCGGCCGCCCCCCCGGCUCCAAGAACAAGCCCCGCGCUCCCAUCCCCGUUCCCGUUCCCAUCCCCAACGCUGCUAACCGCACGCACUACAUCGAAAUCGCUGCCGGCAGCGACAUCUGCGAAUACCUCGCCAACAUCGCCUGCAGCCGCCAAGUCGGCGUCUCCGUCUCCAGCGCCUCCGGCCGAGUCACCAACGUCACGCUCCGCCAGCCCAACGGCGUGUCCACUGUCACCGGGAUAUGCGAGAUUAUCUCCCUCUCCGGAGCCUUUCUGCCGGCGUCGAUUUCGCCGCCGGGAUACGCCGCAUUGAACGUCUCCCUCGCCGGAAACCAGGGCAAGGUCUUCGGCGGCCAUGUCGUCGGCACUUUGAUGGCCUCAGGUCCGGUCAUAAUCAUUGCCAACUCAUUCACGAAUGACAAUUUUGAGCGGCUGCCGCUCCAACACCCCGGCGACGGAAUGCAAUCGCAGCCGGCUGGACCGUCGAAUUUGGGUAGCAACGGCGGCAUGUUUUGGCCUCCGCUGGGCCUUCCUCCGUCUUAUUAGGGCGAGCAAUUCUUCCUAGUAAAGUAAAUUGCUUAGAUCUCAACUCCAAUUCUUCAUAAAUUUACUACUAGUAUGGGAGUAUUGUUUUGUUAGAUGUCUAACUUAGUUUCCAUUGUUUUGCUUCAUAAAUUUAGUAGUACUAUUUCUUUUUUG